AUGGAACGCGCUGUGGAUGCGCGUCGUCUCAUCUCCAUCUCUCUGAGGAAAAUCCACAGGUCGCGGACGCAAAGAGGAGGCAUUAAACUUCACAAGAACCUGCUAGUCUCUUUUGUUCUGAGAAACGCUAGACAGCUAUAUAUAAAUGAAAAAUACGCAGAAAUUUACCGGAAGCAAAAAUAUGAAGCGAUGGCUCUGUACAGGGAGACUACAAAGGAACUGGACUCUCAUGGUGUCGUCGAAAAAGAUGAAUCCGCUGACAACUUCUGCUGGACUGUUGCAUCCCAGUACGGGAGACAGACAGCGGUCAUGCAGUCGGCUUUCUCCCUAACACCGGCAUUGUACUUCACUGCUUCAGAGGUCCAUGUUGGCAUACAGAAAGACUGUGAGAGAUGCGAUGAGCAGCCAAAUGCCUUAAGCUGUAACUCUUUCAGUUCAAACUCAAACUGUGUAGAAACGACUGUGUUGGAUCUGGACACUCAUUUGGUCACAACUGUGGUUAGCGGCGGGAUGGAAAAGGAAUGUUGUGGAUACGUAUCGCCGCGUACACAGGACGCGCACAGCACAAGGAAACGAAAGACGGACGUUUCAUCUCCCGAAAGCGUCAGCACAACAGAGAGUAAAAGAAUGAAAUCUGAGAACAAUUGCUGUGUUUACGCUGAAAGAACGGGAAAAGUCAGUUCUUCAGACAACAGUUUGAACCCCGGGGAUGUGGAUAAGGAGGAGGAAUUGGAACAAGUGGACAAGCAAUUUUGUACUGAAAAGACUUUGCUUAGCAAUGAAGCGUGGACUAAUGCAAUCGAGGCCUUUUAA